AUGAUUGCAUAUACAUUAGUACAAAUCCCCAACCCGAUACAGUUCCGAUUUGGGAUUUUUGGAAUCUCUCAGCCGCCAACGACUCCGAAUUUCGCCUCCUCCUCUGUCUUGGCUCGAGAUCAGAGCCAAGCACAAGCACGGGAUAACAAUCCGACUCAGAUUUUCUCCGUCACUCUCUCUUUAGGUUCAUAUCGUGUUGUUGUUGUUGUUGUGCGUUUGCUGUUUAGUUUUGCUUAUUGCACUGGUUUUGAAGCGCUUGUGACGCGUCGUGCUCUGUUUAUAUUCGUGUUAGUUGAUGGCGUAAUGGCAUCAACUGCAGGGUUUCUAACCGAUGAACACAUAGAGAUUAUGGAAAAAGCGAGUCAGAAUGUGAAGAGUUUCUCUUCCUCGCCGAUAUCCCCAUCAUCCUUGCUUGCUGGACAUAAUAAUAAUCAGGUGAGAGCUCCAUCAGUGGAUGGUAAGGCACAAUCUACUGAGCAUGCUGCCAGUAUUGAGCGCCGGUGGCACAGUGGAAAGUUUAUACCGUACGACGAGUACGGUGCUGCUCGUCAGGGCACUUGGGAAGAUUUGCUCGAUAAAUAUGGCGAUCCAAAUUACGAUAAUGGCGAGGAACCUUAUCAACUGGUUGGAUCCACCGUUACUGAUCCUUUAGAUGAAUUAAAUGAAGCAGCAGUAUCCAUCUUAGAGAAAUAUUUCAGAAUUGGGGAUGUGGAAUUCGUUAUAUAUAAUUUCGAAGAUCUUCAAUCAAAGAUGGACUUGGCUGCAUAUUAUCCAUACUUGGUUAAACGUCUUGUAUCCAUGGCCAUGGUCAGGCAUAAUAAAGAGAGAGAGAUGGCUUCAGUUCUGCUUUUAGAAAUGGAAAUUUAUCUUCUCAGUUCUGAACAGAUUGAAGAUGGGAUUUUUAUGCUCAUUGAAUCUGCUGAUGAUCUGGCAUUGGACGUACCGGAUGCUGUUGAUAUGCUUGCCUUAUUUCUGACACGUGCUGUUAUUGAUGAGCUCAUUCCUCGAGCCUUUCUUGCCAAGGCCGAGAAAGCUCUUCCAGAAUCAUCGAAGGGAAUUCAAGCAAUCCAAACUGCUGUAAAACUUUAUCUCUCUGCUCCGCACCAUGCAGACCUUGUGGAGAUGCGAUGGGGUUGUAACUUUUACCUCACUGUUGAAGAUGUGAAAAAGAGGAUGGUUGAUUUUCUCAGAGUAUAUGUGCAAAAUGGUUGUGUGUUUGGAGCCUGUGGUUGUAUAUUUCAAUUGGAGGAGAUUUCAUACUUCCAUCAUGAGUUUGUGAGAAGGGCUUUGGUGCUUGCCAUGGAGAUCCGUUCAGCAGAAACUCCACUGUUGGAUCUAAUACAAGUAGCAGUAACGGAAGGAUUCACUACUUCCAGCCAAGUAGUGAAAGGGUUUUCUCGUCUGGAAGAAGUCAUUGAUGAUCUUGCUUUUGAUAUUCCAUCAGCUCAAACCAUUUUUCAGACAAUGGUACAUAAGGCAAUAUUAAACGGGUCGCUUGAUGCUUCAUUCAAACCAUCUAGUGAAGAUAGGUACUUCGUAGUUGAAGAUGAAAAGGUGAGCAAAUACAAAAAAGAGAUUGCCGCAAUAAUUCAUCAAUAUUUUCUCUCGGGUGACAUUCCUGAACUAAUUCGAAGUCUGGAAGAUCUUGGGACACCUGAGUACAACCCAAUAUUUUUGAAGAGGCUAAUAACUGUCGCCAUGGACAGAAAGAAAAGAGAAAAGGAAAUGGCAUCAGUGCUGCUGUCUGCUCUUCAUAUGGAGAUAUUCUCAACAGAGGAUAUAGCUAAUGGUUUUGUCUUGCUUCUGGAAAGUGCAGAAGAUACAGCACUAGAUAAAACCGAUGCAUCAAUUGAGCUUGCUAUUUUUCUUGCUCGAGCUGUGAUUGAUGAUGUAUUGGCUCCUCUGAAAUUAGAGGAAAUGAAGAGCAGGUACAACCCAUAUUCCAGUGGAGGUGAAACUGCGUGGAUGGCUCAACAACUUGUGUCUGCUCCGCAUGCUGGUGAGAGAAUAUUAAGAUGUUGGGCUGGUAGGACUGGAUGGGCCGUUGAAGAUGCCAAGGACAAGAUCAUGAAGGUCUUGGAGGAGUACGAGAGCGGUGGUGUUGUGAGUGAGGCAUGCGAGUGUAUUCGGGAGCUAGGAAUGGCUUUCAUGAACCACGAGGUUGUUAAAAAAGCUUUGGUUAUGGGCAUGGAGAAGAAGAAUGAUAGGAUGCUGGAUCUUCUGCAGGAGUGCUUUAGUGAAGGCCUGAUCACCAUCAAUCAGAUGACAAAAGGGUUCACCAGAAUGAAGUAUAGCCUUGACCAUCUUGCUCUGGACAUUCCAAACGCCACUGAGAAGUUCAGCUUGUAUUUGGAUCAUGCGCUGAACAAGGGCUGGCUCCUACCAUCAUUUGAUUCCAAUGUCACCAAUGUCUAA